AUGGAGUUAAAGUAUUUUUCAUUCGUUGCGGUGUUCGUCGGAGUGGCUCUAAGUGCCCCAACCGAGUUACUCUCGGAACCCGAUCGUCGCAUCGUCAAUGGAACAGAUACUACGAUCAACAACUUCCCGUUCAUGGUGUCACUUCGGGGCAUGUACGGUGAUCACAUGUGUGGUGGUAGUAUUCUGUCCGAGCUCUGGAUCCUCACGGCAGCCCAUUGCCCUCGGGCAGCCCGAGUGGACAAUUUCGGUUCAGACUACAAUCCGGACAACAGCCACAUCAACGACAUUGCGCUUCUUAAGCUGUACGAUCCGCUGCAGUUCAGUGCACAGGUAUCCCGGGCACGAUUGCCACAAUCGUUCAGCGAGAUUACGGAUCCGAACGAUCUUGGUGUGACGCUGAUCGGCUGGGGACUAACGGCUACAGGUGGUUAUGUACCGAAAACGCUCCAGCGAGUUGACUACUACAUCGUUCCGAACGCCCAGUGUGCAGCGAUCCACAGAUACCCGAUCUACCCUUCGCACAUCUGUGCCGCCACUCCUGGUGGUGGUAAGGGUCAGUGUAGCGGUGACUCAGGUGGACCGCUGCUGCAUCAUGGUGUGCAGUUGGGCAUCGUCUCGUGGAGUGUUAAGCCCUGUGCUAUUGCACCAUAUCCAGGAGUACUGACCAAAGUGUCGCACCAUAUUGCGUUCAUCGAGCAAUAUACAAGCGUUUUGCAUUAA